CGUGGGGUGGGUGGCCCGGCGGCCCGGCGGGCCCUCUGCGCGGGGGGCUCCGCGCCGCCGCCGGGAUCUCGCGGCCUGCUGCGGGGCGGCGCAGGCGGGGAGCGGCGCCAGGCGGGCGGCCUCCCGGGAGCCCUCGGGGGCCAUGGCCCCGCGGCCGCUCGCGCGGACGCUGGCGGUGGGCGCUGGUGUGGUGUGCCCCGUGCAGCCCGUGUUCGUCGAGCCGAUGCCCACGCCGGAGGACUGCCCGCACUGCGGCUUCGCGGAGUGGUCGUGCGAGUCGUCCUGCAGCCCGCUGCUGCGCAUCGAGUUCAAUUUCUCCCACUGGACGGACGGGUGCUACGAGGAGAUCCCAGGGAACGACAGGACCCUGUUCUGGGACGUCGACGUCUUCUGCCAGGUCCCCGAGGCCGAACACGAACUGGGGCUCACCUGCGACUCGAUGCACGACUACGUGAUGCACAACCCCUACGUCCUGAACUUAGACCGCUGCACGCUGAGCGGUACCUCGACAAUGUCGGCCAUGGAGGAGUGCCAUUGGACAUGCAAGUUCGGGCGGCCCGUCUACCGUUGCGCGUGGACCUUUGACCCCGAGGGCAAGUUCGACCACGGCGGCGUCUCGACCCUGGAGAAGUGCUGGCUAAUGGAGGGCUGCACCAACUCCUGGCCCUGGAAGCAGAGGGUGAAGGCCGCGUGCAGGCCCAUGGACUUGUGGGUGCAGGCGGGCCUGAGCGAGCAGCAGAAGCAUGACCUGCAGGAGCAGCUGCUGCACCUGGGCGGCCCCCUCGCCGACGCGACCGAGGUGCUCGUGGAGGCGUUGAUGGCUGCGGGCCUGACGAAGGAGGAGGCCGACGCGGCCUGGAGCAGGUACAACGCCACCGUGCAGGAGCUAACCUCGCACGCUGAGGCGCUCAACAGCGCUGGGCUGCUCCAGGCUGCUCUGGACGGCGUGGACGGCGGCGCCCAGAGGGUCGACACCGUGUUGACGACGGUGUUGCUCCAAGGGGUCGAGUACAUACAGCUGGUACAGACGGUUGUUGCAGCACAGGCCGUCAAGGGCGUGAUCGUCGAGGCGGCCAGGGGCGAUUACACCUCAGACGACGUGGUGGUGGAGUUCAGCCAGGACAGCAAGUUAACAAUUGAGGCCUCGCUUGAAGCUCGUGGCGCAUUCAAGGCGACGCUUGCGCUCGUCAAUCUGCGACGGUCCGAGACGCUCGGGGUGGACGUCCUCGCGGCGCUGCAGGCCACGCCGGGCGUCGUGUCCGACGGGGCCCGAGUCUCCGUAGAGUCCGUGCGGGUGGAGGUGGUGCGCGCGCCAGAGGAGGGCACCGUCGACCUCGCCGAGGAGGUCGAGGCCUACAGGGAACUGGUGAGGAGCCAGCAAGACGAGAUCCAGGGCAACAGGGAGACGGCGAGCAUCCUGACGAUCGUGGUGGUCGCGAUGGGCGUGCUCGUCGUGUGCCUGAGCGUGCUGGCGGUGGCGAUGUGCAUCGCGCGGAAGAGGACCGAGAGGGUGUUGCCCCCCACCGAGUCCAACCGCAUCGUCAUCGGCCGGCCUAUCGGCCAGACGGAGCCCGUCGUGUCCCGCGCGCGCGGGGAGGGCGCCGCCUGCGCGAAGGGCGGCGAGGCCGAGCCUGCCCCGGCCGGCAUCGUGGACGCCGUGCCGCUGAAGCCCGCCCAGGGGCCAGGUGCGGGCCCGACGAAGGGCUCUGGGUUGAGAGGCCUGGAAGUGUGACGGCGCUAAGCCUAAGAAGGAGGUUGUAUCUUUAUGUUUGAGUCGUUGUUUUCCCUCCUCACUAAGCCCGCCAGAUGCUGCCGUAGCCAGGGCCUUGUCGGCGACGCCCUGGUCUGCUAUCAGUGUCCACUUGGGCACGGAGCUCGUGAAGCUCGACGUAGCCACCAGCCCAGAGGGGGCGGUGCGGGACGCAGCGCGCACUGCGAUUUGCUCCCCGCGCUGCAGUUGUAGUUAGUUUUAUUGCUUGGCUGUCGAUCGGUUGAUCGGGAGGGCGGUUGGAGUGAUGUACGGAACAAGGUUCUGAGUUUUCCCUGAUGCGAGCUUCUGUUAUGUCUCCUCGCAAGCUAGUGAUGUGUCCUCACCUGUACCAUCUGUUUUCGCUGCUGCGCCGUUGGUGCAACCAGCUGGAUGCCGUAUGGCAUCCAUACCGGCGUGGAUCGUGGGAGCUCGCUGGCUCAUUGGCUGGACAUGUCACCAGCUCCAGCCCAGGCCUGUCUGCCACUACUCGUGCGGUAUACGGCAGCCUCGUUCCAUGCACCUUGCCGCGCUACACUUGAAAUCGCGAGGCUCAUGCAUCGAAAGAAA